UGUGCAGCGAUGCAGUUGAACAGGUUCUUGUUCCAAGGAAUAGAAAGAACAAGAAGGUAGUUUGAUCACAUCCCAAUAGUUUGAUCACAGAACACUAGUACAUUUAUCAGACUGCAGUGCCUCAAUAGGACCGAUUCAACCAGGAAUGAAGGUGGCUCAACUAGACUGUCUGAUUCUUCUACAUCUCCUACACACAGCAGGCUCUGAGAGGUUUGAGGUUCUUGGUCCAACUGAUCCCAUUGUUGCUGUAGCUGGUGAUGACAUCAUUCUGCCCUGUUACCUCAAACCCAGCAUCAGUGCUGAGGACAUGACAGUGGACUGGCUGAACCUGGACUUCACAGACGGUCGUGUCUAUCGCUACCAAAACCACAGAAUCAUACGAGAUGAUCAGAUUCCCUACUAUAGAGAAAGAACGUCACUGUUUGAAGAGGAACUGUGGAGGGGCAACACCUCUUUGAAACUGAUCAGGGUACAAGGCACUGAUGAGGGACAUUACAAAUGUUUUAUUAAGGCAAAGAGCUGGUAUGAUGAUUUCACUAUUCAAGUCCUCGUUAAAGCUGUAGGAUCCAAGCCAGUGGUGUCCAUUGAGGGACACAGAGAAGGAGGGAUGGGUCUGCUGUGUGAAUCAGAAGGCUGGCACCCUCAGCCUGAGCUGGUGUGGCUGGACAGUAAAGGAGUCCAUCUCUCUGCUGGUCCUCCUGAGACACACAGAGACUUCAAGGGAUUCUACAGAGUCAAACAACAUGUCAUUGUCCAGGAGACUGACACCAACCGCUUUACCUGCAGAGUCCAACAGAGCCGGAUCAAUGAGAAGAUGGAGACAAUGAUUCACCUCCCUAGUGAGUUAUUUCAUCACACUAGUCCAUGGAGAAUAUCCUUCAUUGUGUCAUGCUGUCUGGGAGCCGUCACUGUGAUUGGGUUAGCUCUGGCUAUCUACUGCAUACAUAAUAAGAAAGAGGACCUCACUGGGAAGCUAGUUGACCUGAGGAAUGAGAGGGAUCGCCUCAGUAAGGAGAAGGUUAAGGUUGAGAAUGAUCUCACCAGUAAACUGGAUGAUCUCACUGAGCAGCGAGAUGACCUCAAGAAGGAGAAGGAUGACCUCAGGAAGGACAAGGAUGACCUCAGUAAGGAGAAGGAUAAGGUUGAAAAGGAUCUCACCAGUAAACUGGAUGACCUCAAGGAGGAGAUGGUUAACCUCUGGGCCCAGAAUCAUGAAAUUAGGAAGGAGAAGGAUGUCCUCACUGGGAAGCUAGAUGACCUCACUGGGAAGCUAGUUGACCUCUGGGCCCAGAAUAAUGAAAUCAGGGAGGAGAAGGCUAACCUCUCGGCCCAGAAUAAUUACCUCAAGGAUGAGAAGGAUCGCCUCAGUAAGGAGAAAGAUAAGGUUGAGAAUGAUCUCACCAGUAAACUGGAUGACCUGAGGAACGAGAGGGUUGCCCUCUGGGACCAGAAUAAUGACCUCACUGGGAAGCUAAUUAACCUCACUGGGAAGCGAGAGGUUGAAAACAAUCCCACCAGUAAACUGGUGAAUGUGACUCUAGACCCUGAUACUGCAUCUUCUGGGGAAGGGGGGACAUAAAACAGGAUCUCCCUGACAACAGAAAGAGGUUUACAAAAUGGUUCUGUGUACUGGGAAAUGUUGCCUUCUCAGGGAAAUUCAAAUAAAAUCAUACAGUAUUUGUCACAUGCGCCGAAUACAACAGGUGUAGACCUUACAGUGAAAUGCUUACUUACAAGCCCUUAACCAACAAUGCAGUUCAAGAAAGAGUUAAGAAAAUACUUAUCAAGAUAACUAAAGUUAAAAAAUAAUAAAAAGUGGCACAAUAAAAUAACAACAACGAGGCUAUAUACAUGCGUUAGCAGAGAGAACAGUCUAUGACUUGGGUGACUGGAGUCUUUGACAAUUUUUGGGGCUUUCUUCUGACACCACCUAGUCUAUAGGUCCUGGAUGGCAGGAAGUUCUCCAUCCAGCUUCUACUAUGAAGUGGAGGUGGAGGGGAAGACUGAGUGGACUUUGGGGGUGGUCAGAGAGCCCAUCAAGAGGGAUAGCAGUUUUAGACUGUUUUCUAAUAAAGGAUACUGGACUGUGGAGCUGAAGAAUGGAGAGUACACGGCUCAUGCUGGUCCCUCUGUCCCCCUCUCCCUGAGAGAGAAGCCCCAGAAGGUGGGGGUAUUUGUGGAUUAUGAGAAGAGGCAGGUCUCCUUCUACAAUGUGGAGGCCAGGUCUCAUAUCUACUCUUUCACUGGCUGCACCUUCACUAAGAAACUGUUUCGGGAUUUUUGUGUUUAAUGACUAAAAUAUGUAUACAUUUGACUUAGAAUUAUAACUCAUAAAUGUUGAAUGUUAUGUGUUCCUUGAUAGAAAGAAUGGGUUUAUCUUCAGACAGGCUAGAAUGAUGUCUCUACCCAGGGAGGGGAAAGACCUUGGGUUGGUUGUAGAUAGUUUAACAGGUGGCAGACAGUAAUGAGAACUCGAACUGUAUUGCCAUUGUAUCCGAGAGGAGGUUGGACAUUAAAACCUAUGACAUCAUCUUUAUUAUAUAACCUGAUGUAAAUUGUACUAUGAUUCAGUACUCUCGAGAAUAAACGCUAUUGAUUGAUUGAUUUUAAGACUGGUUUCUGUCCAUUUAAUGCUGAUAAUUAUCUUACAAAUUCUUAUUUAUGGGCAGAGUGUUUUAAUUGAAUUGGUUGAUAAACACAGGAAUGAAAUUCCUUUAAUAGAAACUCCAUCCAUUCUUCAACCCUGGUGGUUCAGAUAGUGUUUCACUGGUCAUCUGUCCUGUAGAUGUCACUGACUGACUGGCAGAGACAGUAUAAACAGCAGGAACUCCUAUUGAGAGAGUACAUGUACAUGAGUUCUUAGUUAUACAUUUUCUGUCCAUCUUUUUGUUGUUGUUGGAGAGUGGGCCAGUUUAUUGUUUACUGGAUAGGACAGAGAGGUAAAGGUAGGAAUGUUGAAAGAGCAAUGGGUUGGAUCUGAACCCAUUCUGGUACUGGACCAUCCCAGACCACUGAUUUCUCGUUAAUGUUUGACGUGUCUUUCACCAAUCCCUUUGACUGUUCUGUGUUCAGGAGAGUGUGAUAUACAGUGGCAAGGAAAAGUAUGUGAACCCUUUGGAAUUACCUGGAUUUCUGCAUAAAUUGGUCAUAAAAUGUUAUCUGAUCUUCAUCUAAGUCACAACAAUAGACAAACACAGUGUGAGUAAACUAAUAAUGCACAAAUUAUUGUAUUUUCCUUUUCUAUAUUGAGUACAGCAUUUAAAAAUUCACAGUGUAGGUUGGAAAAAGUAUGUGAACCCCAAGGCUAAUGACUUCUCCAAAAGCUAAUUGGAGUCAGGUGUCAGCUAACCUGGAGUCCAAUCAAUGAGACGAGAUUGGAGAUGUUGGUUAGAGCUGCUUUGCCCUAUAAAAAACACUCAAUAAAUUUGAGUUUGCUAUUCACAAUAAGCAUUGCCUGAUGUGAACCAUGCCUCUAACAAAAGAGAUCUCAGAAGACCUAAGAUUAAGAUUUGUCGACUCGCAUAAAGCUGGAAAGGGUUACAAAGAUAUCUCUAAAAGCCUUGAUGUUCAUCAGUCCACGGUUAGACAAAUUGUCUAUGAAUGGAGAAAGUUCAGUACUGUUUGUACUCUCCCUAGGCGUGGACGUCGUGCAAAGAUGACUGCAAGAGCACAGCACAGAAUGCUCAAUGAGGUUUAGAAGAAUCCUAGAGUGUCAGCUAAAGACUUACAGAAAUCUCUGGAACAUGAAAUCAUCUCUGUUGACGAGUCUACGAUACGUAAAACACUAAACAAGAAUGGUGUUCAUGGGAGGACACCAUGGAAGAAGCCACUACUGUCCAAAUAACAUUGCUGCACGUCUGAAGUUCGCAAAAGAGCACAUGGAUGUUCCACAGGGCUACUGGCAAAAUAUUCUGUGGACAGAUGAAACUUAAGUUGAGUUGUUUGGAAGGAACACACAACACUAUGUGUGGAGAAAAAAAGGCACAGCACACCAACAUCAAAACCUCAUCCCAACUGUAAACUAUGGUGGAGGGAGCAUCAUGGGUUUGGGGCUGCUUUGCUGCCUCAGGGCCUGGACAGCUUGCUAUCAGCAACGGAAAAAUGAAUUCCCAAGUUUAUCAAGGCAUUAGUUGGGUGAUGCAACAGGACAACGACCCAAUACACAGAAAUAAUUCAACAACAGAAUUUGCUUCAACAGAAGACAAUACGCCUUCUGGAGUGGCCCAGUCAGAGUCCUGACCUCAACCCGAUUGAGAUGCUGUGGCAUGACCUCAAGAGAGCGGUUCACACCAGACAUCCCAAGAAUUUUGCUGACCUGAAACAGUUUUGUAAAGAGGAAUGGUCCAAUAUUCCUCCUGACCGUUGUGCAGGUCUGAUCCACAACUACAGAAAACAUUUGGUUGAGGUUAUUAAUGCCAAAGUAGGGUCAACCGGUUAUUAAAUCCAAGGAUUCACAUAUUUUUUCCACCCUGCACUGUGAAUGUUUACACAGCGUGUUUAAUAAAGACAUAAAAACGUAGAAUUGUUUGUGUGUUACUAGUUUAAGCACACUGUGUUUGUCUAUUGUUGUGACAUAGAUGAAGAGCAGAUCAAAUUUUAUGACCAAUUUAUGCAGAAAUCCUGGUCAUUCCAAAGGGUUCACAUACCUUUUCUUGCCACUGUAUAUUUUUAUUAUCUGUGUUUUCUAACAGUAUUUGUUGUAUAUUCAUUCUGCUGUGUGCUUCUAUAUUUAGAUAAGAAUGUAGCAGCAGCACAAAAUAAAUGUUUAGAAAUGUAUCAUUUGAUUAUAACAUUUUCUAAAUAAAGUUUGUUUAAAAGA